CUGCGGUAUGAUGUAACGGUGCGGCUGAGCGAAGACCAGAUCCGGCGUUACGCAGAGACCGGCUACCUGCUGUUCGAGGGGCUGCUCGACACGGCGGAGGUCGAGGCGCUGCGCGCGGCGCUCCCGGAGGUCAUGAGCCGGACCGGCCCGGAGGUGAUCCGCGAACAGGACGGGGCCGGCGCGGUUGGUGUUCGGGACGCACCUCUACUCCGAACCGUUUCGCCGGCUGUCGCUGCUGCCGCGGAUGCUGAACCGGUCAGGCAGUUGCUCACGGACGAGGUGUACCUGCACCAGAGCCGCCUCAACCCCAAGGAGGGCUUCGGCUCGGGCGCCCGCUGGGACUGGCACCAGGACUACAGCGCGUGGCAACGCGUGGACGGCAUGGAGCGGCCGGACUGCAUCAUGGCGUCGGUGUUCAUCGACGACUGUACGGUGGAACGGUCGCCGCUGCUGGUGAUCCCGCGCUCGCACCGCCACGGGUUCAUCGACUCGAUCGAGCUGCACCGCGACGCCAAGGGCUACUCGCUGUACGAACUGGACCGCGACACGGUGGCGCGGCUGGCCGACGAGAACGGCAUCGAGCCGCUGAUCGGCGGCGCCGGCACCGUGGCGCUGGUCGACUGCAACCUCAUCCACGGCUCGGCCAACAACAUCUCGCCGUGGCGGCGGGCCAUCCUGUACCUGAUCUACAACGCAUGCGGCAACGCCUGCACCAACGGCGACCGCCCCUGGUUUCAGAACCACCGCGACUUCACCCCGCUGCAGGCGAUCGAGGACACCGCCCUCGCUGAGGGGUGA